UCAUUUUGUUGCAAAAUCAUUUUUAUUCGUCGCACAUCAACAUUGGAACUGUGUUUACCUUUUAAAUUUGUAAAAUCGGAUCCGUUCAGUUACAUCGAAGCAUGUUCCAAUAAAUUUGAAGUUCGUAUAUAAGAUGGAGCGGGAGGCAACUUCUUUGCAGACACUGUGCCGCGGUGGAUGUGGCUUCUACGGCAGUUCCUCUACUGACGGAUUGUGCUCAGUAUGUUUCAAGGAAGCUCUAAAGAAGAAGCAACAGCAGCCUAACUCGUCCGGUACUAGGAUAUAUCAUCCUUCAAGCAACGCAGAACAGAAUUGCUCUUCAAAACCUAACGAGAAUCCCCAACUAUCUCCUGACUCUGGUGAUUGUAAGGCCGAUGAAAAGCAUAAGAGAAAUCGAUGUUCCUCGUGUAAGAAGAAGGUUGGUUUGACAGGGUUCGCAUGUCGAUGUGGAGGUGUGUAUUGUGGCGUCCACAGAUAUUCCGAAGAUCAUUCUUGUACCUUCGACUAUCGGGCUCUUGGUGCCGAGGAAAUACGAAGGAACAACCCUGUGAUCGUUAGAGACAAAGUCACCAAGAUUUGACUUGACACAAUAUGAGUUACUUGUCUCAGUUUGCGUUGUUACACUUUGGAUGUUA